AUGGACGAGAACGGCCCUUCGAGUGGCCGGACCAUCUCCGAGGCGCCGGACCGACACAACGACAUGCCGCGGGACCUCAAGACCCUGAGGAGGCGCCGUGCCAUCUCCGCGGACAGCGACGACAACGAAGAAGACGAAGGACACAAUGAGCGUCCUCACCAGAGGGGGUUGAUCGGCGAGACUCCCGAGCAUCGCAGGAGGCGGAGGCGGAGGCUGGAAGCCGAGUUGCAGUCGGACGGCGUCUUUGGGCUCCUCUUUUGCCUUUCCAGUCUUGUUUAUUGUUUUUGA